AUGACGGUCACCGCGAGAUCCACAGCUCUGCUGGCCACUGCAAAGGUGCGAGUCGAAGGUCCGACUGGAGACUUCCUGGACCUCCGUGCACUUCUAGAUACCGGGUCAGAUAUAUCCAUCGUGAGUACCUGGGUGGUGCAAGCCUUGCGCCUCUCACGGCGACCGGUCCGGGUGGCCAUUUCUGGAAUCCAGGAAAAGGAGAGCGGUAUAUCGAGUUCGGAGGUAGACAUACUGGUACGGUCCAGAAUAGAUCCGGGCUUCAGUCUACCGGUGCGAGCCUUGGUCCUUCGUAAGCUCACUUCUUGCUUGCCAUCGCAGCCAGUAUCAUUAAAAUCCUGGCCACACUUGGCGGGGCUAACGCUGGCGGAUCCGGACUUCGGACUUCCCGCCCGCGUUGAUUUAAUUCUUGGCGCUGAUGUGUGUGGCGAGCUGUUACAGGACAGUUCGCGUCAUGGACCUCGCGGGACUCCGAUUGCCAAACAAACUCCCUUCGGCUGGGUAUUGAUGGGGCCUGUUCCAGAUGACUCCAGUCAAAAUAGCAUGACCGUCCGCAGCCUUCAUUGUCGUUCCGAAGAGACGACGAAUUCUAUUCUUCAACGUUUUUGGGAGUUGGAGGAGCUAAAUUAUCCGCCCCCCUUGAGUGAGGAAGAUGAACGCACUGAGCAGCAUUUUAAAGACACGCACGACCGGCUACCUUCCGGUCGGUACAGGGUCCGAUUGCCGUUCAAACUGGAUCCAGAAAAGAAUCUGAGUCAUUCUCGGGCAACCGUACUCCGACUGCUGUUAAAUUGCGAGCGGCGUGUUGCCAACAAUCCCGCUUUAGCCUCAAAGUAUGAGCAAUUUAUGGAGGAGUACCUCUCGUUAAAGCACAUGGAGCCGGCGAAGCAAUCGGAGACUCGUAAGUCAUACUACCUCCCGCAUCACGCGGUGACAAAGAAGCACGAUCCCUCUGGAAAGCUUCGGGUCGUCUUCAACGCUUCUUUUCCUACUGCGACGAGGUAUUCGUUGAACGACUGCUUAGCGGCCGGUCCUAAACUGCAGUCGGAUUUAUGGAUGGUCCUAACCAGAUGGAGGCUUUAUAAGGUGGUAUUCACUACCGAUAUAGUAAAGAUGUUUCGGCAGAUUCAGGUACAUCCUGAGGACACGGAUUGGCAGCGAAUCCUUUGGCGCAUUCGCCCGGACGAUCCAGUCCAAGAUUACCGACUGACCACCGUCACAUACGGCACAGCUUGUGCGCCAUUUUUAGCCCUCCGAGUACUUCGUCAGCUGGCUGAAGAUGAGAGAGAGCGUUAUCCUGCUGGGGCGAAUAUUAUAGAGAGCCACUCUUACGUGGACGACAUCCUCGCAGGCGCCGAAGAUGAAAACCAGGCUCGAUCGCUGAGAGAGGAAGUAAUUUCCAUCUUCAGGGCCGGAGCUUUUGAGCUCAGCAAAUGGGCCUCGAAUAUGCCGGAGUUAAAGGAACAGGACUCGGAUUCUCGUCUGUUUCAGGACGUUGCUGGAGUUAGCACCCUGGGAGUUCUAUGGACCCCGGAAAGAGACACCUUCUCUCUGCGGGUGCUUCCUGCAGUGUCAAAACAACCCGGGUAUACCAAACGCAAAAUUCUUGCUGAAAUUGCAAGUUUCUUCGACCCGCUAGGUUGGGCUGCACCGGUCUUGAUCUAUGCCAAGAUAUUGAUGCAAGACCUCUGGAUUCUGGGAGUCGAGUGGGAUCAAGAACUCCCCGAAGAGGUGCGCUUACAAUGGUGUCGAUUCCGGACUUCCUUGGACCAGCUCGACGCUUUGUCCAUUCCCCGUUGGACAAAUUAUUCGAAGAGUGCGCGGAGCGUAGAACUUCAUGGCUUUUGUGAUGCUUCACAAAGAGCUUAUUCCGCCGCGGUGUAUAUGAGAGUGGCAUAUGCGGAAGAUACCUCUACCGUUUUACUUGUCGCCAAAACCAAGGUCGCUCCGGUCAAGGCGGUCAGUGUACCCAGACUGGAGUUGUGUGGAGCGGUACUCCUUGCCAAACUUCUCGUGACCGUGAAGAAUGGACUCGACGUUACCACGACAAUCACAGCGUGGACAGACUCGAGUGUGGCACUCUGCUGGAUCAAAGGGCAUGCUUCGUUGUGGAAGCCGUUUGUGGCUCACAGAGUAGCCACCAUACAGGGCCACAUCCCAUCUAAUUGCUGGAGACAUGUGGGGACAGCUAGUAAUCCCGCAGAUUUGGCGACCCGAGGUAUCCAACCUUCCGAACUUUUGUCUUCGGAUCUAUGGUGGAAAGGACCACCUUGGUUACAGGCUUCGCCUGCUGCGUGGCCGGCUCCGAUGUUACAGGAUCCAAAAUCAGCGGAGUUGGAAAGGGGAACCGCCCAAGUACACGCGGCUCAAGUUAAAACGCAGCAUCAAACAGAUCCGCUUCUGAACCGAUUCUCCACCCUUUCCCGCCUCCUCUCAGUCAUUAGCUACUGUUUCAGGUUCAGUCGGCUAACCAAAGGGCAACCUGCGGAAACGGGUUUUUUGAGAGCUGCAGAGCGCGCCUCAGCUCUUCGAGCGGCGCUACGUAUCUCUCAAGCCACGACGUUUCCAGACGAGAUUGUCCAGCUUCAACGGACAGGGAAACUACGGCCGAAGUCACCGCUCGCCGCUUUGCAGCCUUUUCUGGAUGAUGGCGGACUAUUAAGAUUGGGAGGAAGGCUUUCCAACGCACCGCUUCCUUACAAUGAACAACACCCGAUCAUUGUAGCAAAAACCUGCCCUUUAGCUACGCUUUUGGUGAAGGAUGCUCAUCUGCGACUUCUCCACGGGGGUCCGCAGGAAACCAGAAGCCUCCUCGCCCAGAAAUUUUGGAUAUUACGGGGGAGAACGUUGGUGCGAGCUAUUAUCAAAGGAUGCGUGCGUUGUGCCCGGUUCAGUGGAAAGCCUGCCAGUCAACUGAUGGGUCAGUUGCCAGCAGCGCGUGUGACUCCCCAGCGAGCGUUCCUCUCCACCGGAGUGGAUUAUGCUGGGCCUAUCCUGCUUCGAACAUCCGCAGGACGGGGCCACAAAGCAUACAAGGGCUAUAUCUCGCUCUUCAUUUGCCUAGCUACAAGGGCAAUCCAUCUCGAGGUCGUGUCGGAUAUGUCAGCCUCGUCAUUCUUAGCAGCCUUUCGUCGAUUCGUUAGCCGUCGAGGUCGUUGCACAACCCUGCUGAGCGACAACGGCACGGUGUUCCAUGGGGCCGACAGGGAACUGCGAAACCUCUUCAACGGAGCUUCGGAUUUCUAUGGCGAAGCGGCAGCCGCUCUUGCAGCCGAUGGGACGGAUUGGAGCUUCAUCCCGCCACAUGCGCCUCACUUUGGCGGUCUAUGGGAGGCAGGGGUUAAAACCGUAAAAUAUCACUUGAGGAGAGUCAUCGGCGAUUCCAAACUCACUUUUGAAGAAAUGUCGACCCUCCUUUGCCAAAUCGAAGCUUGUGUUAACUCACGACCGCUGCACGCGCUUUCGGAUGACCCAUCCGAUCUGUCGGCACUCACACCCGGUCACUUUCUAAUUGGGGAGCCACCAUCCGUUGUUCCAGAACCCGAGGAGGAGCCGAACCGCUCGGCUUUGUUGUCCCGUUGGCGUCAAAUAACACAAAUGCGCUCCCAUUUUUGGCACCGCUGGAGGAGGGAGUAUAUUCAACACCUCCAACAAUUGACAAAAUGGCGCCAACAACGAGAAAAUCUGAAGGUCGGGAACCUUGUCCUCAUACGGGACGACAUAUUACCUCCGACAAAGUGGAAGAUGGGACGCGUCGCUGAGUUGCACACUGGGCAGGAUGGAUGCGUUCGAACGGUAACCGUCCGAACGGAGACGGGCUCGCUGUUACGGCCCAUCGUGAAGCUUUGCCUCCUACCAGUCGCUGACGAAAACGACAACUCGCGGUCUCCGCCGGGCUCACCGGUAACGUGA